GGGGAAGCAAGAGACGGAGCAAGAACGCGCCGCCGCCACCCGCCGCCUCCUCGACGCCGGCGUGCUCCUACGGCUGCCUGCCGUUCUCCCCCACUACGCCGACAUCGAGGAGCAGUUCAACAACAUGGCACUGGAGGGUCCGUCUGCGCAGGACGGCAUGGACUGCAUCGUCUCCCUGAUCAUCUCCUGCCUCCCCCCACCCUUGGUCCCCGCACCCGAGGCCGACGACUCCUCCGACUCCGAUGAUGACCACUUCUCCCUCACCGCCUCCGACUCGGAGGAUGCCGACGCCGACGGGCCCGCGCAGGAUGGUGACGGCCAGGACCACUUCAGCCGCCUCCCGCGCAACCUGCUCUCCAACAUCAUGUCCCGCCUCCCCACCAAGGAAGCCGCACGCACCAUGGUCCUCUCCACCCGCUGGCGCUGCGUGUGGGCGGCAACCCCGCUCCUUGUCGACGACGCCCACUUCAGGGCCGUCGAAGGGCACAGCGUCUUCGAUGCCGUGCGCGGCAUCUCGCUCUGUGUGGCCGCUCACCCUGGCCCCAUCUGAGCCGUGCGUGUCACCCGCACCUCCUUCUACGAGCAGGAGUACGCGCUCCAGCGCCUGGUCGCCAGCCUCGCCGCCAAGAAGAUCCAGGACCUCAUCCUCUUCAAUCGCCCAUGGCCGAUCAACAUGCCGCUCCCCAAAGACAUCCUCAGAUGUGCCUCCCUCACCCGCCUCUACAUAGGCGUCUGGAACUUCCCGGACAUUCCCACCGCUCACCGGCCCGCCUUCCCAAACCUCCACGAGCUCGGCCUUUUCCACUCCAUGGUCGAAGACAAGAAGUUCAACGCCUUGCUCGCACACUGCCCUGAAUUGAAGAUCCUCUCCUUUGCCCUCUCGUACAACUACCCUUCAUGCCUCCGCAUCAAGUCCCGCAGCCUCCGUGUGGUAUUGGAAUGGGUAUGCACCUUUGAUAAAAUCAUUGUUGACGAUGCCCCCUGCCUGGAGCGCCUGCUCUUCGAAAGCUUUUCCGAGCAGAGGAGGCCCGUCAAGAUUGUCCAUGCGUCCAGGCUGGAGGUGCUCGGGUUCUUGGACUUCCAGCUCCACACGCUCGAGAUUGGCGGCACCGUCAUCAGGGCUGGGAUGACUAUGAAAGAUGGCGCCUUGCUGCCAAGUUUGAAGAUACUGGCUGUCAAGGUGCGGUUUUCGCAUGACAAGGAGGUCAAGAUGCUGCACACUCUGCUCAGAUGCUUUCCUUGCCUCGAGACGCUCCACAUCAUGUCCAUUCCAUCCUGGUCUGCUGAUAGGGGUGAUUGUGCCGAGACCUGGAAUUCCAUGGGCUCUUCCAACUGCCUCUCUCAUCUGAAGACAUUCGUCCUCCACGGGUUCCGAGGCCUGGACCGUGAGCAGUUGUUCGACAGUUACAUACUGGAGAAGGGGAUAAAGACGCUGGGCAUUGUCUGUGGUGACAGUGAUGGUGUGCUACUGAAGGGCAAUGCACCAUCAGGUGGAAGCAGUGGUAGUGGUAUUUCUGUUUGCCCCGCCUCCAGUUGCUGGAGCUUUCAGCACGCCAUCGACUUGUCAGUGGAGGACCCGUUCUGCGUGUUGAGGCGUGACAAGGCCCGCAUCGCUUCUUUUGCUGAGGCAAUGAGACUUUGCGCUAGUUUGGGUUGUUGAUGAUGGCACUUAUGCUGCCGUGUUUUCACACCGACAGGCUUACUUUACUGUGCCAAGGAUGUCUUAGCUACCUGUUCAUAAUUUUGCGAUGAAGUGAGAAGGUGAAGGUCUGGGAAGCUACUUCAUAAUGUUGCACUCUUGAGUUCUCUAUGGGGGUGACUAUUAGGUUUCUGAGAGUGGGAGUACCUUGGUUGUAUGUUGUUUUGGGCCUCUUCGGCUGGUAAAAGUACCUAUUGGCAUGCACAUUAUAUCUCUUGCUGAUAUCCUGAUGUUAUUUCACGUUUGUUCUUUUGCUGAUAUCCUGAUGUUACUGGAA